CACCAAUGGCAACCAUCUGUGUUAUAGUUUUGCCGCUGGACUCUUCCCUCCCUUCCCCCACCCCAUCAGGAUGAUAUGAGACUUGAAAGAAGACGAUGCAUACAGGAACUAUUUCUCAGCAUUGUCAGCUCCUGGAUUGCUCCUUGGGCGCUAUACUGCACAUUGGCUAUACCAAGUAGAUGCUCACUUUCGACUGAGGGAUGUGGUCUUGCUAUGUUCCCUAGGCUGGUCUUGAACUGCUGAAGACCAGCCUCAAGUGAUUCUUCCACCUUAACCUCCCAAAGUGCUGAGAUUACAGAUGUACUGUGAUUGACCCAGACAGAGGUUCAGUAGCCUGCCCCAGGUCACACAGCUAGUAAGGGAUGGAGCUGGGGAGCAAAUCCAGGCCUGUGAGUCCCUCCUCUUAAUGAUCAUGCUUUUGAUUUUAGGGUUACUUACUGUUACUUAUUGCUGGUACAUUUUCCAGUUUGCGUUUGCCUUUUGUUCAUGGUGUCAUUUUAUACAAGAGCUUUAACUUUUUGUAUGGGAGAACUAAGUUUUAUUUAUUAGUGUAAUGCCUCAAACAUAACAGAUUCUCAUAUCUGUGUGUUGAACAAAUGAGAAUGAACCCAUCAGCAGUCUGUUGAUGGUGAUGACCUUUUAUGUAGUGUAAUAUGUAUCUCCUUUUAAAGGGAUUCCCAGGGCUUCAUAAAUGAUUUACUCUUUGGUUUUUAUUAGGGAUAGUAAGCUUAUCUGUAUUAGCUCUUCUGGAAGGUUUUUUAUUUUUUUUUUUAAUUUUUUUUAUUUUUUUAUUUUUUCGAGACGGAGCCUUGCUCUGUCGCCCAGGCUGGAGUGCAGUGGCGCAAUCUCGGCUCACUGCAAGCUCCGCCUCCCGGGUUCACGCCAUUCUCCUGCCUCAGCCUCUCCGAGUAGUUGGGACUACAGGUGCCCGCCACCACGCCCGGCUAAUUUUUUUUUGUAUUUUUCGUACAGACGGGGUUUCACUGUGGUCUCCAUCUCCUGACCUCGUGAUCUGCCCGCCUUGGCCUCCCAAAGUGCUGGGAUGACAAACGUGAGCCACCGUGCCUGGCCUGGAAAGUUUUUUAGAUGUAAUCACUGCUUUUAAAAGGAACAUGUGUUCUUAAACAAGCAAAUAGGAGUUGUGAAGAAUGUAUUUAUUGAUAAUGAUUUGAAUUGUAGAUUCAAAGUGAAAUGAAAUAAUUUCACUCUAGGAAUAAUUUGAUGGGAUUUGUUUUUUGUAUUUUUAGAAAAUUAUAGAUUUGGUCAUUGUUUAAAAAGUUUUGAAUAAAUUUUGGCUAAGUGUAAGAAGAUUCUUUGAUAGGAAAACUAAAACUACAAAACUUGAUAUAAAAAGUUAUCAUUGCUUAACUUUUGGAUAGUGUAGAUCAACUCCUCAAAAGAUGCAAUUUAAGAUUUUACUUUUCUCGAAUUCCUGACCUCAGGUUAUCCUCCUGCCUUGGGCUCCCAAAGUGCUGAGAUUACAGAAUCUUCUGAAUAUUGAAAACAGAAAACUAUACUGGAAGAACAUAGUGUAUUAAGACUCAUGGAGAGGGAGAUGUGAUACUAUGUCACUAAGGUCGUUCCAGUCAUAGGAGAAAUGUUACCACUGGAUUGAGGUCUGGAGGAGAGACUUCAGCAUGCAAACCUUCAUCUGUUCGGCUUGCACCAUCAUUUUCAUUCCAUGCUGCUGGCCUUCAGAUGGCUGGACAGAUGCCCCAUUCACAUCAGUACAGUGACCGUCGCCAGCCAAACAUAAGUGACCAACAGGUUUCUGCCUUAUCAUAUUCUGACCAGAUUCAGCAACCUCUAACUAACCAGGUGAUGCCUGAUAUUGUCAUGUUACAGAGGCGGAUGCCCCAAACCUUCCGUGACCCAGCAACUGCUCCCCUGAGAAAACUUUCUGUUGACUUGAUCAAAACAUACAAGCAUAUUAAUGAGGUUUACUAUGCAAAGAAGAAGCGAAGACACCAACAGGGCCAGGGAGACGAUUCUAGUCAUAAGAAGGAACGGAAGGUUUACAAUGAUGGUUAUGAUGAUGAUAACUAUGAUUAUAUUGUAAAAAACGGAGAAAAGUGGAUGGAUCGUUACGAAAUUGACUCCUUGAUAGGCAAAGGUUCCUUUGGACAGGUUGUAAAGGCAUAUGAUCGUGUGGAGCAAGAAUGGGUUGCCAUUAAAAUAAUAAAGAACAAGAAGGCUUUUCUGAAUCAAGCGCAGAUAGAAGUGCGACUUCUUGAGCUCAUGAACAAACAUGACACUGAAAUGAAAUACUACAUAGUGCAUUUGAAACGCCACUUUAUGUUUCGAAACCAUCUCUGUUUAGUUUUUGAAAUGCUGUCCUACAACCUCUAUGACUUGCUGAGAAACACCAAUUUCCGAGGGGUCUCUUUGAACCUAACACGAAAGUUUGCGCAACAGAUGUGCACUGCACUGCUUUUCCUUGCGACUCCAGAACUUAGUAUCAUUCACUGUGAUCUAAAACCUGAAAAUAUCCUUCUUUGUAACCCCAAACGCAGUGCAAUCAAGAUCGUUGACUUUGGCAGUUCUUGUCAGUUGGGGCAGAGGAUAUACCAGUAUAUUCAGAGUCGCUUUUAUCGGUCUCCAGAGGUGCUACUGGGAAUGCCUUAUGACCUUGCCAUUGAUAUGUGGUCCCUUGGGUGUAUUUUGGUUGAAAUGCACACUGGAGAACCUCUGUUCAGUGGUGCCAAUGAGGUAGAUCAGAUGAAUAAAAUAGUGGAAGUUCUGGGUAUUCCACCUGCUCAUAUUCUUGACCAAGCACCAAAAGCAAGAAAGUUCUUUGAGAAGUUGCCAGAUGGCACUUGGAACUUAAAGAAGACCAAAGAUGGAAAACGGGAGUACAAACCACCAGGAACCCGUAAACUUCAUAACAUUCUUGGAGUGGAAACAGGAGGACCUGGUGGGCGACGUGCUGGGGAGUCAGGUCAUACGGUCGCUGACUACUUGAAGUUCAAAGACCUCAUUUUAAGGAUGCUUGAUUAUGACCCAAAAACUCGAAUUCAACCUUAUUAUGCUCUGCAGCACAGUUUCUUCAAGAAAACAGCCGAUGAAGGUACAAAUACAAGUAAUAGUGUGUCUACAAGCCCCGCCAUGGAGCAGUCUCAGUCUUCGGGCACCACCUCCAGUACAUCGUCAAGCUCAGGUGGCUCAUCGGGGACAAGCAACAGUGGGAGAGCCCGGUCGGAUCCGACGCACCAGCAUCGGCACAGUGGUGGGCACUUCACAGCUGCCGUGCAGGCCAUGGACUGUGAGACACACAGUCCCCAGGUGCGUCAGCAAUUUCCUGCUCCUCUUGGUUGGUCAGGCACUGAAGCUCCUACACAGGUCACUGUUGAAACUCAUCCUGUUCAAGAAACAACCUUUCAUGUAGCCCCUCAACAGAAUGCAUUGCAUCAUCACCAUGGUAACAGUUCCCAUCACCAUCACCACCACCACCACCAUCACCACCACCAUGGACAACAAGCCUUGGGUAACCGGACCAGGCCAAGGGUCUACAAUUCUCCAACGAAUAGCUCCUCUACCCAAGAUUCUAUGGAGGUUGGCCACAGUCACCACUCCAUGACAUCCCUGUCUUCCUCAACGACUUCUUCCUCGACAUCUUCCUCCUCUACUGGUAAUCAAGGCAAUCAGGCCUACCAGAAUCGCCCAGUGGCUGCUAAUACCUUGGACUUUGGACAGAAUGGAGCUAUGGACGUUAAUUUGACCGUCUACUCCAAUCCCCGCCAAGAGACUGGCAUAGCUGGACAUCCAACAUACCAAUUUUCUGCUAAUACAGGUCCUGCACAUUACAUGACUGAAGGACAUCUGACAAUGAGGCAAGGGGCUGAUAGAGAAGAGUCCCCCAUGACAGGAGUUUGUGUGCAACAGAGUCCUGUAGCUAGCUCGUGACUACAUUGAAACUUGAGUUUGUUUCUUGUGUGUUUUUAUAGAAGUGGUGUUUUUUUUCCAAAAACAAAGUGCAAAGCUGCUUGAAUCAGAAGGAGAUUAACACACUGAACCGCUACAAGAGGGCAAAGCUGACUUUUUUUUUUUUUUAACUUGAAAAGAUUGCAAAGGGACAUUGAAGUGUUUAAAAGAGCCAUGUCCAAACCCAUCUUCAUGGAUAGCUCAGAGGUAUCCUCUUUUUGCUCCCCCAUUUUAACUUGCCACAUCCCAGUCAUAGUGGGUUUUUUUGUUUUUCUAUUCAGCAAAAGUUAAUGUUCAGAUGUUGGUCUUGGUCAUUUGCCAACUAAUUUUAAAGUAAAAGGCACUGCACAUAAUUUGCAUAAAGGGCCCCAUGAGGGUGUUUUUUUUUUUUCUUUUCUUUUUGUCCCCCCUCAUCCCUUUUUUGUUUUGUUUUGUUCUGUUUUGUUUUGGGUGGGAGGGUGGGAAAUUUGGGUUUUUAAGUCCUCUAAACACACUUGGGCACGGAAAUGCAGUACUGUAAGGAAGAGGGACCUCCAGCUUCCACAAACACCAUCUUCAGCUGUAUGAAAGGGACGGUUGUGUUGAAGUUUGUCAGGCACAGUAAGCAUGCUGAGUGGCGGGGAUCAGAACUCUCCUAUCUGAACCUACUGAGGAGCAAAGCAGCAAUUACAUGGGAUCCUGUGGCUCUCCUGUUGUAGAGGCCACAGGAAGAUAGGAUGGAACGUGACUGGUCUCCUAACCAAGGUGCACUGAGAAGCAAUCAACGGGUCGGUCGUGGCCAGUCCUGGGGAGGUCUGAGUGGUGGUCUUUGGGAUAACCUUUGGCCUUAUGGAUUUGGACUCGAAAUUAGAAGAGCCUACCAUUUCAGAUGCAAUCACUUUUGGACAUGCUUUUGCAGACAGUCCUUAAUGCUGAAAACACAGAGAAUGGGUAAUUCAAGAGGCCUUUCUUUUAAAAUAGACUUUUGUGACCCACUAAUUGUAAGGUAUUGCAAGGUCACUUUGCGUGUGUCAUAAAGUUGACUUCCUUAUUGGUUGAAGGUCACAGAAGUAGUGGUUUGCUUUGAUGGAAAUAGCUACAGCUGUGUCCCUUCCUGCUUUUUACUUUUUCUUUUGCUUUUUCUCGGCACGUGGUAUCCACCAUUUCUUCUGCACAAAGAUGUCUUCUGUUCAUCCUGAACAUUUUUAAAAAAUGCAGAAUUUUAUGUGACUGCUUUUUUGCCUCACAAUUAUGCUGUGAAUUUUACAAAAAUUUAUUUUCUUUUUUGAUAAUUUAUUGUACCAAAGCUGUUUUUAUAGCACAUAGAUGUCUGUAACCAAUAAUGUAGCAGUUCUGCACUUUGACACAAGGUGUAACUAGACCAUUUUUAAAUGUCAGUUGAAAAUUAUGGCUGUACUAUUGCUUAAACAAAACUGGAACUGUUGUUGAAUCCAUAGCCAAUACAUUUACAGCAAUCUGUGUACUGAACAUAAUAGAUUGACAUCUAAUUCAAGAUUACAACAUCUGUUACAUUCUAAGUGUGUUCAGGCUUCUGAAGGUAAAGGGACACUGGAUCCAGAAGCUAUGGAACCAGCAGUUGAUUCUUGUAUUCCUGAUUAACCUACUUGUAAACUUGAAAGCAAGACCUUGAUUGCACCAACAGGUCCAGAGUAUGAGCGCAAGUAAAGCAGAACUCUCAUGCGUGACCUGAGCAGACAGGCUGGUAUUUAACAGGUGCCUCGUGUUGAGAUUACGCUGCCUUAAUGUAACACAGUCUGGCAGUUGCUAAAUUUGUGUUCCCAUUUUAAAUUGACCAAUUUUGGGGUGUGACACUUUUGAGCGGUUGAAUUGGGAGAAUGAAGAUAAGUAAUUUACCUGUCCAGGAUCAAAAGAAGCCUAGAAAAGAAGCAGUAAUCUACCUCUGCCGAUAACCUGUUUAAGAUGACUCAGCAGAACGCCGCGUUUCAUUCUAUUGGUCAAUUCCAUGUGGCUGACUAGGUCAUUUUUUUUUUCUGAACAAAAGCAGGUUUUUACAUGUAAACAGUGACAAAAGAAAGGCUAAACACUAUGUAAAUGUGAAUGGAAACUUGGAAAUAUUCAUUUUUAUAAACUACAAAAACUUUUUGUUGUUUAUCAGGAAAUCCAUAUUUAUUUUGUAAUUAACUGUCAAGCCUGUGGAUGAUUUUUUUGAACUUGGUAGUUCAUGAAGGUUUACAGUGAAUAAAAGGAUAUCAUCUUGAGUAUAGCAAUAUCAAAAGGAAUUCAGUAGUUACUGCUGUUUAGGAAUAUAAGGUUAAGAUAUCAUAUGGGUCAGGUCAUUUUUUUUUCUGUGCUGGUUGCCACAUCUUAGCAAGCACCAAAAAACUAAAGCAGUUUUUAAACCUAUAUUUACAUAAAGAAAAUCAUAAAAUCCAAUGCUUCUGCAUACUGUGUUAUGUUACAGUCCAGUUUUGUGUGCUUUACUACACAGUUUGGUUACAGGACUUCUGUGCAUUGUAAACAUAAACAGCAUGGAAAAGGUUAAAUACCUGUGUUCAGAUUGUAAGAUCUAGUCCGGACUUGCUGUGUAUAUUGUAACGUUAAAUGAAAAAAAGAACCCCCCUUUGUAUUAUAGUCAUGCGGUCUUAUGUAUGAUAAACAGUUGAAUAAUUUGU